AUGGUCUUCUUAGCAUAUUUUAAAGAUAAAGAACAACUAGAUGCAGCUAUCGCUAAGGAUGCAGAUGCUAACGUGGACCGAACUUGGAUUAUUCAUGGAAGAAAAGAGGAAAAGGAAGAAAAAGAUGGAAGAACUUUUCAUGGAAAUGGCCCGCAAGCAAGAAAAAGCCCGGCAGGAGACGAAGCUCAAAAGGGUAAGAGGCGUAUCAUUGGAGAACAAAGUGACAGGAGUAAGGUAGAGGACGCUGAAGACGACAAAGGUGAGGGAUGGAUGACUUAUCGUGGGAGAGGUAAAGGUAGAAGUAAGAACAGUAGAGAUACAUAUCGAGAUCGUAGAGGUAGACGUUAUCGAGAUACAUAG